CUAGAGGUGGAAGAGAGAAGAGAUUUGAGAGAGAGUAGGGAGAUAAGGAGCUUGAAGGAAAAAGAGUGGUUCUGUCUUUUUCCUCAGAUCAAAGGAAUCUGGGCAUGUCUAUGCGUGUGGAGCGUUCCACCUUGGAUCAGGUGAAGAAACGCUUUGAAGUGAACAAAAAGAAGAUGGAAGAAAAGCAAAAGGACUAUGACUUUGAGGAGAGGAUGAAGGAACUUAGAGAGGAGGAAGAGAAAGCCAAAGCUUACAAGAAGGAGAAGCAGAAGGAGAAGAAACGAAGGGCAGAGGAGGACUUGACAUUUGAAGAAGAUGAUGAGAUGGCAGCUGUUAUGGGCUUCUCUGGCUUUGGUUCCACCAAAAAGAGCUACUGAUGCCUUCUGAACUUGUCUUAUUCCCAAGCCUGACUCUGUGGGAUCACUAAUAUCCAAGGCAUUUGGGGAAAUUCUUCAAAGACCUGACAUAUGGAGAGAAGAAUGGAGUUUGUUUCUCUCCCUUUGAGAGUGGGGCCAGGAUCUGGAUAAGUUGGGUUCUAGCCCUCAAGUUUUCAUAUUUGAUGGAGCUGCAGUUCAUCUGUCCUAACUUCCUAAUAAAAAAGAAACCUCCCACUCUUCAGCUGCUCCCUGAACCUCUUCCUGCAUCCAUCCUUCUCUCUUCCCUUCUUCCUCUCUCAACGAUUAUCAUAAAGUUCCCCAAAUUUC